UUAUCGCUGUACCUCCUAGUCGCAUUGUUGGCGCACUCAAAAUUCCACGACUCCACGUUCACCUUUUGCUCGGUGGGUUUAACCGCCGCGCGCGUUCGUUGUCACGGUCGAGGCGAAGCCAGCUGAGCGGAAAGACGGAAACAAAAACCACGACAGCAACACUCGCCGAAUGAGUGAAUAAUGCCAACACUAAAGCGCGCAACAAUUGCAACAAUAUGUUAGGACGCCGCCACCAGAAAUAUCAAAAAGUCGACGUCGACAUCGAGCCGAAGGAUCUCUUUGGCCCUGCCGGCGGCGGCGACACACCCCCACGAAGGAUAUUUACCUCCGCAUGCCUAUGGCGGUCUUUCUACACUGCAGUCCUCAUUGGCAUCUAUUUUGCCCCAUCAAUAGGACUCACAUUUUAUCAAAGAUGGCUUUACAAGUCUUUUAAAAGUCCACUCUUCACAGUUUGCAUUCAUAUGAUUGUGAAACUGAUUCUGGCUGUGAUCAUCCGUAGUGUAAUAGCUUUAAAAUUCGGUCGGCAACGACUCAACCUGACAUGGAAGGAAUAUUUGCUCGCGAUCGCGCCCGCCGGCGUUUUCAGCGGCAUCGACAUCGGUUUCUCCAACUGGGGCCUUGAACUGAUCACUGUGUCAUUGUAUACAAUGGCAAAAUCAACCACUAUCAUCUUUAUUCUAGUCUUUGCAAUUCUAUUCAAACUGGAGAAGAAAUCCUGGAGUCUGGCGACGAUUGUCACGAUGAUUUCGUUCGGCUUGUGCCUUGUGACGUACAAAGCGAGCGAAUUUAAUCUCCUCGGUUUUAUCCUGGUGUUAAUUGCAUCAAUAAGCAGCGGCGUGCGAUGGACGUGCGUUCAGAUGCUCAUGCAAAAGUCGAAAUUGGGCAUGAAAAGUCCCAUUGAUAUGAUUUAUCACAUGCAAGGCUUUAUGAUCAUAUCGGUGUUGCCGUUCAUGGUGGUAAUGGAAGGCUCGAAAGUCGUGGAAGAAUUUGGUAAACUCGCCGAUGAUGAUUCAAACGAGAUGAGUUGGUUGAUUUUUAAAAUUCUCGCCGGAGCGUUCAUUGCGUUCCUGAUGGAAUUUUCCGAAGUGAUGGUAGUCAGUUAUACUUCCAGCUUAACUUUAUCGAUCGCAGGAAUAUUCAAGGAAUUAUUCAUGCUGUUCCUAGCCUUCCUUACUGGCGACAAAUUUUCGGCGAUAAAUGUAGUCGGUCUAAUCUUCUGUAUUGGCGGAAUCAUCAUUCACGUGGUACAUAAAAUCAGUGUGCUGCAGGCGCAUACGCGCACAUAUGAAUUUGAUGAGUCCGAUAGUUACGACUUCGGCGUGGGCAAGUCAUUGCUGGAAGAACAAGAAAUCGAGCAAAUGCACCUGACAAGCGAAAGCGAAGAGGAACAAGACUCGCAGGAGAUCUUCAAUAUCCUCAAUCGACACGAUAGGUGAUGACACCAAUCCUAACCCAACUUACUAACCUCAAAAGAACUACGAAUCGAACAGUUCGCUUGAUCUCGAUGAUCUCGAUCAAUACGAGUGCCAUUCUAAAAACAACACAAAAAAAACAAUCAAAUAAUCACUUGGCCCAAUUGGCGUGUUCGACGUUCCCUAGUCCGGCAUCUGAUGUCGCAAUCUAUCAUAAGUUAUGACACAAGAGGUCCAAUAUGUAUCUAGAUAUUUUGGAAUUUUUAUGUGCACUUAAACCAUUUUCGGGCAAUUCGUGCGUCUUUUUUACUGUGUGUGACGUAUGCUCAAAUGUAUGUAUGUACUUAACAGUUACGAACGAGUUUCGCAAUUGUAUCAGACGAAAUGUUUCUUAAUCACAUGAAUAUGCACAAUCGCGCACGUAUUUGUUCGGAUUUACAGCGAUAAGCGGCAUAUUUUGUACGGUUAAUGCAGUUUCAACGUGACUUGUUUUCGUCGAUUUUUCAUACAUUACUACCAUUUUUAUGGGCGCACGGUAUGCGCAUAACAAUUUUAUACAUUCCGUGUUUAGUUCCUUCUGAUAAAUAUAUUAUUUAAUAAGUGUUAUUUAAUUUUGGACGUAAAUUUUAAAGAAACUAUAGUAAACUAUUUUAUU